UAAUCCAGAGUUGCUCGGCACUCUCGCAAAGCCGCGCCUGCCGCGCCUGCUUCCCCUAUGGAAUGCUGCGACACCGCCACUUGCUAUUGGCGAGGAAGCUGGGGCGUCGCUUCAUCUAUGAUGUGGGGCCAGACGCAACAGAUCAGCUCCGAGUGGUGCAACAGGAGGUGGCCCGCCAUGCGGCGGGCAUCAGCAACCUCACCAUGUUCAAGAAGCCUUCGGCCGGACCCUUCCCCAUGCAGCGCAUCGGCGGGCUCAAUGCCCGGCGCAUGGACCAGGUCGGCCUCAAGCGCCUUGAGCCGUGCCCGGCAGGCUACUCCUUCGUGGAUUGCGACCUCGGCGGCGGGGCCUUCGCACGUGUCUUCCUGGUGCGGAACGAGGCCACCCAGGACCUGCAGGCGAUGAAGCGGGUGGAUCGCAAGAAGCUGAGCAAGGCGUUUCAGAUCUCCGACGAGGAAGCCGAGCUCAUGGUGGAACAGGAGUUCUGGAACAUGAAGAAGACCAACCAUCCGCACAUCAUCAAGCUCUUUGACUUUUUUCAGGAUGAGCGCUACGCCUACUUUGUUAUGGAGUCGGUGAACGGCGGCACCUUGCGGCAGCUCAUGGAACGCACGGGCCCGAAGCUCUCAGAGGGUUACAUCGCGGAGCUGCUGCAGCAAAGUUUGUAUGCCCUGCGGUACCUCCACUACGCCUCCAGAAUCCACAAGGAUGUGAAGCUGGAAAAUCUGAUGCUUCUGGCGCCUGGUGGGUCACCACACCUGGUGCUCAUCGACCUGGGCGUGGCGGAGACGCGGCAAGGCGACGCCGGGCUCAUGCCUGCGGGCACGCCGCAGACCAUGGCGCCGGAAGUGAUCGAUUGCAUGCUGGGCAAGGGUACCAGUUUCGAUGACCGCUGCGACAUCUUUAGCCUGGGGGUGGUGGCGCACCAGCUCUUCACAGGCAAAGCGCCCUACGACGUUGCCUACAAAGGCGGCAAGACCUGGGGACCUGUGGACUACGCCGCCACCCGCGCCAACAUGGAGGGAGACCUCACCAAGGACAUGAGCGCCUCGGAAGGCGCCAAAGACUUGGUGCGGCAGAUGCUGCAGCCUGAGCCCUCCUCUCGGCCCACCAGCCUGGACCUCCUGGACCACCCCUGGCUGGUGCACCACUGCGAGCGCCGGCGCCUGCGCCGCCUCCGAGUGGAGGGCCGGAACUCCCUGGGGGGCGCCGCGCUGUCCGUGGAGGCAGAAGAGGCCGCAGGGGAGGAGCUCCUUUGGCUCGAGAGGCGGCGCAUUUGCAAGGCCUUGGUACGCUUCGCAAAGCGCACGCCGCUGCAACGGGCUGUGGCCUACCACCUGGCUGCCUACCUGCCGGUAGGUGACCUGCGACGGGCCGCCGACAGCUUCAAGCGAGUGGAUCAGGAGAGAAGCGGUCACAUCUCCUACGACGAAGUUGCAUUUGCAUUGGAGGAGGUUCUCGGCAUCCAGCGGGAGGACGGUCAUUUGGUGGCUGCGGCUAUGGACACGGACGCCUCUGGGCGCUUGGACUUCCAGGAGUUCUCUGCGGCCUUGGCCAUGGUCUCAGGCGACAGAGAACAACGGCUUUUUGACCGACUGCUUGAGAAGCUGGGCAUCGAAGGCCAGGGCGACUUGACCAUCGAGCAGGUGCACCAAGCCGUGGAGCAAGCCAUGCGGGGGCCGGUGACCCGCGAGGUGCUGAUCGACUGGCUGAGCAGGGUGGCGAAGAGACAGCAGCAGGAGCUCCUGGAGAAUCCCGUGCAUGUCAUCUCCAACAACGACUUCCGGAAGCUCUUCGGGCAACGCCACCUUCCAUCGCUUAAGAACAUUUGAGUUGCAUUGCGGUU